GCCACGACUUGUGUGCGCAAAGUCGCUUAGUCAUCAUCUCGCAACUCGCAGAUUGGACGCGGCGUCGCAACGCCCGUGCAGUUUAGUCGGCUCGCGGCCUCCGACCGUAGCGGAUGUCUUCACUUCGACGUCGGUAAUAAGCCGACGGAAGAUUACGUUAAUUUAGCGACAAGUGUUUGUUUUGGCGGGCGGAGGAUCGUCUGUAUCAAAGAUAUUGAAAGGGACGGCGUAUCGAUGACGUCAUUUCAGCUUUGGUUGGCAGUACUGGGCAGCUUACUUGUUCUCGGUGUCUCACCAAUGCCACCUCACGUCCAAGGUCCCGUUUUUCUCCAAGAACCGCCAUCGUGGCUGGAGUUCUCCAACUCAACGGGUGCGAUGCUCAGCUGUUCAGCUCAUGGCACUCCGCCACCCGAGAUUCGCUGGCAGGAUUCCUCGGACAAGGAACUAGCCCACAUUCCCCGCCUCAGGGAACUUCUUCCGAAUGGCAGCCUCCACUUCGCGCCUUUCCCGCCAGAGGACUACAACCCCGAACUGCACGCGGCCACGUACCGCUGUAGGGCUACCAAUCCAGCCGGCAGCAUUGUCAGCAGGGACUGCAAGCUGAGAGCAGAUGUGGUGCAGCCGUAUCAGCUGCAGGUGCAUAAUGUCUUUGUAAUGGGAGGCAAUGUUGCUGUACUGAAGUGCAACAUCCCUAACUUUGUGAGGGGGUUGGUCCAAGUGUCCAGCUGGUUAAAGGACGAACACUUGCUGGGAAGAACCGUCAUACAUCCUGGUGGCAAGUUCACCUUAACAUCCUCAGGUUCGCUGCAUAUCAGGGACACUGUGACCAAUGAUGGGUUUGCUCGCUUCUACUGCCAGACUGUGCACCGACUGACUGGAGAGAAAAAACUAAGCAUGCCAGGACAGAUCAUCAUCAGCCAGCCUCAGGGCAACAUCCCACCCCGGAUUGAGCACUCCAUUCCUAUUGUGAAUGCUCGGGCAGGGAGUCCCACUGACCUUGUUUGUGCUGCUCAGGGUUCACCCCCUCCCACCUACAGAUGGUACCGCGACCAGGUCGGUGUGCUACAGGAGGUGGGGCUUGGUAUGGUACUUGUACGCCCCCUACAGUCUGUACUUCAGUUCCCACGUCUUCAGCUACAGGAUGAAGGUCGCUAUAUCUGCGUAGUGAGCAAGCUGCUGGGUGAAGGCAUACACAUCUCUUGGCUGAAAGAUGCACACCCUUUGCUGGAGAGCCCCCAUGUCAGCAUUAUGCAACAGGGAGAGGUGCUGGUCUUGAGAAAUGUUCAGAAAUCAGAUCGUGGCAUGUACCAGUGUAUGGCACGCAGCGGUGAUGAGAGUGCCCAAGGUAGUGCUGAGCUCACCCUAGGAGACCCUGCAGCCAGGCCCACCAGUGUCACUGAGAUGCUCUGCCUCGGGGAACCCCCCACCACGUAUCACAUGGCUUCUUGAUGGAAGUGAGCUCAUGCCCCGAGGCUAUGUUCUGGGCAGUUACCUGGAUUCCGCAAGCAACGUCAUCAGCCACCUCAACAUCUCAUCCGUUCGUGUACAGCAUGGUGGUAUCUACACCUGUGUUGCCAGAAAUGUCCUUGGUUCUGUUCAGCACUCCGCCAUGCUCAAUAUUUAUAGUAGGUUAUCCCUAAGGCAGCAUAACCAUGCAUACAAUGCUUCAGGCAUUCACAAGAAGUUCUGGGAAGAACUUAAAUGUUUAAUUU